AUGUGAGAAUUUGUCUGGCAACCCUGCUAACGUGUUUAUCCCGUUAUCGAAUAGUAGAACUAUAGUCAACAAAUAGAUAAUUGUAUUUCUGUGAUAUUUAUUUUAUAUUACAUCAUUAAUCCAAUGACAUUACGGAAACAUAUUGGCCAAUCACAUAUCCCUAAGAAAAAGGAGAAAUUAUAGUGACAUAACGUUUAUCUGUUUAUCCUCUAGAGUUCGAUAUUUUUACUAUGAGACUAUGCUAUUCGUAACACACGUAAUGAUCUAUGCUUUGUGUCAUCUUGGCAGUACUGACUGACAGUGAGUAAACAUUGAGAUUUACUGACAGUACUGACGGUGAUAAAAAACGAUCGCGGUUUUUAUGAAAUUAUCAGAAAACAUUGAUAAUUUAAUAUAGUGAUGUUAACAUUUAUGAUAUAAUUAAAAUUUUAACAUAAUUUAAGUUGCACUAGAAAUUAUGUCGUUAUUAAAAGGAUGUAUUAAUAUGUAAAAUUAAUUCAUUUGUUAUUAUGAGGCAAAUUGAAUAUACAUGAUCUAAUUCGAUGAUUGAAUGACAAUUUUCGAAGUUAUAACUAUUAAAUUAUUAAUUCAUGAUAUUUCCUUACUCAAAAAUAAUGCGUCACAUAACCGAAUAUCGCAGAUCUAUUGAUGAAUACAAACCUAUUUCGCCUAUAAAAAGAAAAAUGAAAUUGUAUUGGAUUUUAGCUGCAUUUAGAAUUUUUUUGACUUUUAUUCCACAAACUGGAUAUAUACAUCCGGAUGAAUAUUUUCAAGCUAUAGAAGUUAUAUCAGGAGAUCGUUUUGACAUAGAUGUUUACAAACCAUGGGAAUAUAAUGCAACAUUUCCCAUUCGAACUGUUUUUAUACCGCAAAUAAUUGUGGGCACAUCCUAUUCAGUUUUAAAAUUUCUUUCAUCCUAUGCAUUUUAUUUCUUUGGUAUAUCCUUAAUAUCACCAUAUUAUCUUAUAGUCUUUCCAAGACUCUUUAUGUGUAUUUUAUCAUUCGUAUCGGAUUACUGCCUAUAUAAGAUAUGUUGUAUGUGUGGCCAAAACUAUAAAGUGAGAUUGAUUACAUUUGCAAGUUCAUAUGUAACGUUAACUUAUGCUACACGUGUGUUUUCAAAUUCCAUUGAAUUAAUAUUGACUUCUUUACUAUUAUUCUAUACCUCACAAUGCAUGGUAUACUCAGAAAAGGUCAUUAUACAGAGUGAUUAUCUUUCAAACAAAUAUGAUGAAGCUAAAAAUGGAGUGGAACGUGUUAAAUAUUAUAAACUUUUAGGAUCAUUACCUUCACAUUCUUUAAAUCAUUGUUUUAAAAUAGCUACCAUUACUGUUAUUGGUAUAUUUAACAGACCAACAUUUGUUGCAUUUGCAUUUCCUCCUGUAUUUUUUUGGUUACAAAGAGGUCUUGGUUCAAGAACUAUUGGUUUGCUUCAUUUUCAUAUAAGAAUAUUUACUUUUAUCCUUUGUGGCAUACCUGCUGCUAUUUUCUUUAUCAUAGUUGAUAGUUUUUACUUUGGUUACUUAACAAUGGGAGAGAUAGGAAAUUUGGAUAUUAGUUUGAAUAAUUUUGUAGUGACACCACUUAAUUUUUUAAAAUAUAAUGCCAAUUCUAAAAAUUUAGAAAGUCAUGGUUUACAUCCACGCUUUUUGCAUUUUUUAUUAAACAUACCUCUAUUAUACAAUGUACUUGGAAUUAUUGGAUUACUUACAUUUGCAAGGAUGUCAUUCAGUGGUUUAAAAGGAAAAUGGCUGGAAUUACCACGGAUACAAAGUAUAGUUAGUUUAAUGACAACAUCAUUUAUUGUUCCUGUAGCAUUAUUAUCUUUUUUUCCCCAUCAAGAACCUCGUUUUAUAAUACCUGUGAUAUUACCAUUGGUUUUCUUAUAUGCUCCAAAGUUAUAUCAUGUACCUGGAGUCGAUAUUACCUCACAUAUUAAAAAAAAUAAUCGAACUAAUUAUAUGCCACAAAAAAUAUUUAAGCUUACAAAGCUGCAAAUUAUUUGGUAUUUUUUUAACAUCAUAUUAUGUUUAUUUUAUGGUUUUGUGCAUCAAGCUGGAGUUUUCCCUCUAACAUCACAUAUGAGUGCUGAAUUGAAAGCUAAACCUCAUCUCACACAUAUACAUUUAUAUACAUCGUAUAUAUAUCCCAUACCAACUGCACUUUUACAUUUAAGAAAUACACAUAAAACAUAUGUUAGUAGUGACAAUCAUAAGUACCGCUUGACCAAAGACUUUUAUCUUUAUGAACAAGGUUCGAAGAAUAUGACAGAAGUGUAUAAUAGUAUUACACAAAAACUUCAGGAAUGUGAAGAAAAAUUCAAAUAUAAAAGAAUACCAUAUAGAUUGUAUUAUACAUUGCCUUAUAGUGCUGUAGAAGAAUUUGCUGAAUAUUUCCAAAAUAAUACUCUAUUAUUUAAGUAUUAUAUUGUAUGGACAUAUCCACACGUUUCGACUGAAAAAUUGCCAUCAUUAAAAACAAUUCUUGGACAUAUAAAUAUACAGAAUAAUAGCCUUUUUAAUCAGAGUUCAAUAAAGCAACUUAUAUAUGAUAUAUUUAUGUUUUUUCGACAGUUUAGAUUAGCAUUAAUCAAGAUUGAAAAAUCAACACAAUUUGUAAAAAAGACUAAAAAUUCAGUGUUUACAUAGAAAAAGUAAUAAAUAAAUUAUUCUAUAUUUUAUCAUUACGAAAAUCUAUUCAAAAACAAAAAUAUAAAAUUUU